AUGGUUGUUGCAGGAUCGAAUCUGCGGGAUGAUGAGUGCAAGGGUCUAUUGACUUCAGUGACUUGCACUCCUGCAAGCCCACCACCACCACCAUCGGACGAUGUGAAGCUUGAGUUGGGAUACUAUUCGUACGAGGACGAAAAGAGACCUGAAGUGUUGUCUGAGGAGCCGGAAAAGCAGAUAGGGAGUGUUCGACUUCUUGUAUGGAUGACAAUCAAUAUUGUUGCGACUGUUGCCAUCGUAUUCACCAACAAAUCCAUCCUCUCCAAUGCAUCUUUCCGCAACUCGCAAGUAUCCUUCGCCGCCUAUCAUUUCACCAUCACCGGGCUCACACUAUGGCUGGCAUCGCGGCCAUGCUGCGGCUGGUUCGAACCCAAGCACGUAUCGCCCUACCGCAUCCUCCACCUCGUCGCGGCUAUGUGCAUCCAGGUCAUCUUUCAGAACCUGGCACUGGCUUAUUCGUCGGUGAUCUUUCACCAGCUGGCGCGGUUGCUCCUUACGCCUGCUACGGCGUUGUUGAAUUUUGCGCUGUUCCAGUCCAGCAUCCCCAGAGCGGCGUUCCUUCCCCUGGUCCUACUGUGCACGGGAGUUGGAAUUGUCUCCUACUUUGAUUCGCUCCCGUCCGCGAAAGGCAACGAUACCACGACACCAGAGGGUAUUUUCUUCGCUUUGUCUGGUGUGUGCGCUAGUGCACUGUACACGGUCCUGGUGGGCCGGUAUCAUAAGAAGCUGGAGAUGAGCAGUAUGCAGCUUCUACUUAAUCAGGCCCCUGUCAGUGCUGCUGUCCUAUUGUGUGUUGUUCCAUGGAUGGAGACGUUUCCGGAGGUUGCGGCUGUCCCUGGGUCGUUGUGGACUUCGAUACUUGCGAGUGGAAUAUUCGCUUGUCUGGUGAACCUAUCUCAGUUCUAUAUUAUUGAUGCUGCCGGGCCGGUUACGAGCACGGUGAUCGGACAGCUCAAGACCUGCGUCAUUGUAGGGUUGGGAUGGGUGCUGAGUGACCAUGAGAUUCUGCGGCAGAGUGUCGCGGGUAUUUUGAUGGCUUUGACGGGGAUGAGCUUGUACAUGAAGAUAAUUCUAAGGCAUCAAUCAUGA